AAGGUUUGGCAUCAACCAUCCUGUUACCAAAACUUGCCAGGAAAACGUUUCUCUCGCAGAAGUUAUAGUAAGUGAUCUUUUCAUCUAGGAUUUUCAAAUAAAUUAAGAAAUCUUAACUAGGUUAAACAAGCCUUAGCAGUAAGUGAGAAACUAUGGCUGAAACAAGGUUGAAAACAGUCCUUGGACAUAUGAAUGGUCAUGUAAAUGGAUUCCAACAGGGAUCCGUGAAUGGUCAUUCCAGAUUCCGGUACACAUUAGACAAUCCCCUAUUGUCACUGGAACAGAGACAGUUUUAUGAGGACAAUGGGUUUCUUGUGGUUCCCCGUCUUGUUAGUUCACAGCUUUUAGAUGCUUGCAAAGAAAGAUUUCUUGCCUUGUGUGAUCGCCGCUUGCCAUGGAAUGGAAUCACCAUGAUGAAAGACAUCUCUUUGGCCAAAAGUAGCACAGUAACUGGUGAACGCCUAUACAACAAAGCUCAAGAUUUUGUGUAUGAUGAUGUUCUCUUCCAGUAUUGCCUUUACCCACCAGUUUUAGACCAUGUUGAGUGCUUCAUUGGACCCAAUAUUCGUGCCAUGCAUACGAUGCUGAUUAAUAAGCCACCGGAUACGGGUACCCAAACAUCUCGCCAUCCUCUUCAUCAGGAUUUGCAUUAUUUCCCCUUCCGUCCUGCGGAUCGCAUCGUUUGCUCUUGGACAGCGAUGGAACGCAUCACACCUGACAACGGAUGCCUGAUUGUCUUGCCCGGCACUCAUAAAGGAGUUCUUCACCAACACGACUAUCCUGAUUGGGAGAAAGGUGUCAACAAGAUGUAUCAUGGAGUUCGUGGAUAUGACAAUCACCCAGUUGUCGAAUUGCCGAUGGAAAAAGGUGAUACUGUGUUUUUCCAUCCUAUUCUAAUUCACGGAUCGGGAAUGAAUAGAACCAACGGAUUCCGCAAAGCCAUUUCGUGUCAUUACAGCUCGGCUGACAUGGAAUACAUUGACAUACGCGGUACCUCGCAGGAGAACAUUGCUAAAGAAGUGGAGGAAAUUGCCAAGCGUCGGGGCAUGGAGCUCGAAUUCCAGGACAUUUGGCGUUUCCGUAGCCGCCUCUGUCGUGGCCGUGACCCAAUGCCGGUAGCUUAAGUAGACUACCAAAUGAUUUCCUUUUUUUUUCGUAUGCCAAAUUAAUCCGAAACAUUGCAAACUAAUGGGGAUUUUUUUCCAUAUCAUAUACAUAUUCUCUGGGGACUGCACGCGGACAUAUGUUGUUAUCGUAAUAAUUUCGAUAACAAGAUAUGCCGCCAUAUCAUGUAUCCGUUACGAAAGGUUGCAAGGACCGUUAACUCAAUUCCAAUGUCCUUCAAUGUUCACUGUUGCUGAUAUGGAAUUGAAAGUAUUGGUUGACAUAAAGUUUGAUGAAAUGGCAGGAUUGUUAACAGAAUGCCUUCUGGGGAAAACACAUACUACAGCUAUGUGAGUUGGAAUUAAGUAACGAAAGACUCGUAAACCAAA